AUGCGAGAGCACUUCCGCGACAGGCCUGCUGGACGAGACCUCACCGGCAUGUUGGCGAGUCUUUUGCAGGGCCUCGCUGGAACGGAUCCAAAGGACGUUCGGUCCGACUACAUGCUCUCGCGUCUCGAUGCCGAGCCUGAGAGGGAAAGAUUGCUCAGCCACGCUCGCAUUGAAGCUGGCGUCAACCUUGACCAUCCGGGUUUUUACAAAAUGCGCAGCAUGAGGGCAUCAUGCUGGAAUGUUUUCAUCACGGGCGUGCAGGAGGACCGCGGCGGCUGGGAGGGCUACGUGACCAAGGCCUUGGGCUUCUCCAACGAGGGCCUUGUAAGUAUCAAAGGUAACCUCCGAGUGAACAAAAUCGAGUAUUGA